AUGGUAAUUCUGACAGAAGACCUUAUCUUGUCAAAAACAUUUGCUCAUUCAUUAUCCGACGUGCGCCAUUUAAAUCUUAUGGCGUGCGAACUAGAUAAUGUUGCUGCAUUGAAAGCCUGUUCUAACCUGGAGGUGUUAAGUCUGAGUGUCAAUAAUCUCAGUACGCUGGAACAACUUGCGGAAUGUGAGUCAGCUUUUAGAAGUUUGUGGAAGUUUGCAGAGAUUUUGCAACGCUUUGUCUACUGCAAAAAUCUUAAAGAACUUUACCUAAGGAAAAAUUUUAUUACUGACGCAGAUCAAGUGAAGCACCUCACCUCUUUAAGAAGUCUUGAAAUUCUUUGGCUAUGUGACAAUCCCUGUGCCGAUGAUGAAAGACAAUAUCGGUACACUGUACUGAGACACCUUCCUUGGCUAAAAAAAUUGGAUCACCAUGACGUUACCGAUGAUGAAGUUCUUGCCUCCAUGAACACUUCACCUGCGGCCAUGCCGCUUAAAAUUCGCAAACGUCUCACCCUUCCGGCCAAACUUUCUGGAGGAAGCGGGGAAAAGUCACCCGUAGAAAUAAACGGAAUGUUCCCAUUGACGGCAAAUCUAGACCUUAAGAAUGAAGGUGUUUUGUCACCAUCACCAGUACCUGGAAAGGAUUCGAGUUUGAGCGACUCUCGAGUUCAGUCAAAAACGAACAAUGAUGACUCCAAAGACCUUAAAGCAACUGUUAAAAACGAUUCCCAAUCACCAAAAAUCAAUGCUAAUGAUCCUGGAAAUCGAUCAAAAGUUUCGAUGACAACCUCUUCCGGCGUCCGACCAUUGGCAAAAUCACCAGAUGUUCCGAGUCGAUUCCUAUCGCGAACACCGCCGGUUUCCGAGAAUAAUUCCCAAGCGUCACUGAAGAUGACAAGGACAAAGUCAAAUAGUGCGGUUGACACGAAAGCUCGUUUGCACGCAAAAUCGGUGAUCGCCCCACUCACUAAAACAUCUCGAACUUCUCCAAGUCAAGAUGGAAACACGGGAGAAAGCAAUCAGGAGUCCAACAACAACGAGCCUCGACAGGCUAGUCAUCAAAGAUUUAAUAAAAUCAAUAUGUUCAAUUUUACUCCACAAUCAAAUGUGCUUAAUGCUGUUCUUGCAUUAAUCGAUGAACUUGAUGAAAAAGAGUUACAAGUUGUUAAACGCAGAUUACAAUUAAAAAUGCUCAAUUGUCAAGGCCAACCCGGAA